ACUACAAGUAGCAGUUGUCAGUUGAAACUUAAGAUUUUAGAACCGGGACAUGCUUGAUGCGUGUUUAUAGUUUUUGUCCAAGUAUACUGUUCAAUAUUUCACCCGUAUUUCUUCCUCUAUUAAUUACUAUCCUUCAUAAUUAGUGACUAUUUUUCAAGAACAACAAAUGUCAUGGGGCCGAUUCCAGUGGACCGUAUUAUAAGCAUAAGCAGUGAAGACCAUGCACACAAAGCUGAGAACAUACUUAACGUCUCAGAUUCACAUCAUACGUGGCGUUGUAAAUCAGGUGAAAAACAAGCCACAGUCAUUCUUCAAUUUUUGAAACCGUCUGUUAUUAGUUCUAUUGACGUUGGAAAUGAUAAUUCUGCUUUUGUAGAAAUAUUUGUAGGAAAAUCUACGUCUGACGAAUUUCAAGUACUAUUGGUAACUUCUUCUUUGAUGACAUUGCAUGAAUGUAAAAAUGGAUUAAAUGUAAAUAAAAUCCGUUUCUUUGACACCGAUCACCUAUCUUUGGCAUCUAAGGAAUCAUGGGAUAGAGUAAAAAUUGUGUGUACACAACCAUACAUUAAACAGAGCAAAUAUGGUUUAUCAUUUGUGACAUUUCAUUCUAAAGAUAUACCACGGAAAGAGCCUAUCCAAUCUCAGUCUAUUCAGUUAGGAUCAUUUACAUUAAGAAACGAAGAUGAGUCUGAUGAUAUUUCGUCUGCUGGUCGAUUAUUUUCCAAGCGUAAUGAAAAUAAAGAUGUUGUGAGGAUGCCAGAAUCACCAGUUAAUCGUCUACUUGCAAUACAUAAAAAAAACUUGGAAACGGGAAAACAUAAAAAUGCUAAUUCUACAAAUAUCAAUAUUAAAACACCUUUAAUGAAUCAAAUAAACUCCGAAUCUCCAAAAGAUUCUAUAAAUCCAAAAAACAUUGACUUAAAUUUUAAAAAGAAUGACACAAUUACAAUGGCAGCUGUUAAAAAUACAGAGGUUAAAAAGAAAGAAUCAAGUCCAUCAUCAUCACACUUGCAACCUUCCAGAAAAAAAAUUAAAUUAAUGAAAAACCCAUUACCAAUAACCAAACCGUUCAGCGAAUUAUUGAACAAUGUUGUAUUUGUAAUGAGUGGUUAUGAAAAUCCAUAUCGUAGUAACAUACGUUCAAAAGCUUUGGAAAUGGGUGCCAAAUACAAACAUAAUUGGGAUCUAUCGUGUACACAUCUAAUAUGUGCUUUUAUAAAUACUCCGAAGUAUCAUGAAUGUAAAAGACAAGGAACCUAUCGUAUAGUAAAAAGUGAUUGGAUUGAUAAAUGUCAUUCAAAUAGAUGUCGAUUUCCGUGGAGAAGGUAUGCUUUGGAUAAAUUGGAACAAAAUAAACCUGAGAGUGAAGAUGAAAUAUGUGCACAUACUGAUUCAGUUGAAACUGAUGAUAGUGAUGAUGAAUGGAAUAGUGUUUCUGCUAAGCCUGUACCCUCAACAUCACAAUCAAAUAGUUCUGAAAAUCAGCAAAAUACAAUAACAACAUCACUAUAUGAUUUAGAUACUGACAUUGAUUCAGAUUUAGAUAUUCCUAAAGAUAUAUUGGCUGAUGAAAGCAUUGUACCAUUGCCAUUUAUAGAUGAUAUAUUUCGUGGUUGUUCAUUUUAUUUAUCUAGCAAUUUAAAACCUUCACUAAAACAAGAAUGUCAUCGCUACAUUAUAGCACUUGAGGGAAAAUUCAGUGAAAAGAAUAAAUGUGAUUAUAUUGUUUCAACUGAUGCAAAUGAUUUACAGGGAAACAUGCGCUGUGAUAUGCAUCGUAUAUAAAUAACUGUAUAUUCUCCGUUCACCGGGAUAAUGUGGUUACUUACGCACAUACAAAUGGAACUGAGAAGUGUGGAUUUAGGUGGUUGCGGCAAGUUAUGACCGGCUUUGGAUUGUGCGCAACCACUUUCUGUCGUCAAACAGAGUAUACUUGCCAUGAACUAAAAUGUAUCUAUAAUAUUUUUUAUAGUACCUACGUCCUACAAAUAAUUUGGUUUUUAUUUUCAUUUAUUGAUUUCAUAAUAAUUAGCAAGUUUAGAUUGUAGUGGUCACAUACCGCUGCUAAAUCUUCAUCUACUAAUUAAUAACCUGACUGUUUUUUAGAUACCUAGGUAUAUUUAAAGUUUGGUUUAUUCGUUAAAUAUAGUUUUUAUGUCUGCA